UCAUAAGUAAGAUUAAGAAAUAAAAACAAAAGAAUUAGGCUCUUUCUUUAUAAUUUAUUUCAGUUCACAUUCGGACUGUUGUUGUUGAAUUCAUGUUUCCAUAUUCUACCAAAAUCUGGUCUAUAUUCUACCAAAAUCUGGUCAUUUUGACUAAGUCGCAGUUGUGUUACUUUGAUUUUUCUUUUCGUCUCGGAAACCAGAGAUUGAAAAAGAUUGGGAGACUGGAGAGCGCUAUGAAUCAUGAUUAGACUUUUUUUUUUUUUUUUCUUCUGAAAGAUGAGAUGGGAAGAAAGAAAAACAGAGAUCCCAAAUUCCCAAAUUCCCAAAUCCCAGUGAAGCAAUUUUCUGUAUUAGUUAUCAACUGUGUUGUAAAUUUCUUGUCUGAAACUGAAAGGAGAAAGAAAUUCCCCCUUCCUGCAGGACUGUAAUUUCAUCAUGAGUCGUCUUCAUUAUCGAAAUCCAAUUGCUCCUACUUGUGGUAAUAUUACGGCACUACAGCGUCAGCCUCCAUUCCAGUUCCGACGGUAAGUGAAAACAGAGGAUGUUAGAACACCAUAAAGAUAGUGGUGCCGCCGGCGAUGGACCUCGGAAGACCUACCUUCGCUCUGUUUCAUGGUCCGCCUCCGACCGUUCUCCGGCGAACCCUGAUUCUAGUUCUAGCCAUCCCAAGCCCCAACAGAGGCCAUUCGGCUUCAAGGCCCGGUCCUCCCUCCCUCCCCUGCAACCCCUUUGCAUCUCUCGUCGCCCCGUUGAAGAGUGGCCCAAGCCCGGAUCGGAUGACCUCGGUGAAUGGCCUCAUCCCCCUACUCCUAGCGCCAACCAUGGCCGUCUUUCACCAUUAUCCAUCAAACCCCUUGAUGGCUUCGAUUCCUCCGAGGAUUUCCAUCUCUGCAAGGACAGGCUUGCCUUCUUCGACAAGGAAUGCUCUAGGAUCACCGAUCAUAUCUACCUGGGAAGCGAUGCUGUCGCUAGGAACCGUGAGAUUCUCCGUCAGAAUGGUAUCACUCACGUCCUCAACUGUGUUGGGUUUGUGUGUCCCGAGUACUUCAGGAACGAUCUUGUUUACAAGACCUUGUGGCUGCACGACAGCCCCUCCGAGGACAUCACUAGUAUCCUCUACGACGUCUUCGAUUACUUCGAAGAUGUGCAAGAGCAUGGAGGGCGCGUCCUUGUCCACUGCUGCAAGGGGGUUUCUCGCUCCACCGCUUUGGUUAUCGCCUAUCUCAUGUGGAGAGACGGCCAGAGCUUCGAAGAUGCGUUCCAGCACGUGAAGGCUGCUCGCGGCGUCACCAACCCAAACAUGGGCUUCGCCUGCCAGCUUCUGCAGUGCCAGAAGAGGGUUCACGCCGUGCCGGCCAGCCCCAAUUCCGUGCUUACGAUGUACCGGAUGGCCCCCCACUCUCCCUACGAUCCCCUCCACCUGGUUCCCAAGAUGUUGAAUCGCCCAGGCCCGCUCAGCCUUGAUUCUCGUGGGGCUUUCGUUGUUCACUUACCUUCGGCGAUAUACAUCUGGGUCGGAAAGAAUUGUACCCAGGAGAUGUUGAAUCACGCCAGGGCGGCUGCCUUUCAGGUCGUGCGUUACGAGAGAGCUCAAGGACACAUACUGAGCAUUGACGAGGGUAAAGAGCCUUUGGAGUUCUGGGAUGCCCUCGCUAAUGGCCCUCUCAUCGCCGACGAGUUUGAUAGAACCGGGAAGGUCAAAGAAGAAGAAGAAAAGGAUCAGGUUGCGGCGGCUGUCAGCCUUGGGGUCAGUAACAAGAAGGUGGAUGAAUACGAUGUUGACUACGAAAUUUUCCAUAAGGCUCUUUCCGGUGGUGUUGUUCCGCCCGUUCCUUUUCCGGUGGCUGGAUCAGAGACUCAUCUUCCUGCCAGAGAAAGUGGUUGGGGCAGACUCAGAAGAAAACUUGCUUGUGGUGUAGUAAAAGAACUACUGACAUCGUCCAAGUUUCUGUUGACUUCUGAGAAGGCCCAUAUCGAUAAUAAACCAGAUACGAGUGUCAUGGAUUCAUGUAUCACUGCCAUGGAAGAACACUCUCGCUCUCCUCCAUGUGGUUCCCCGGAUUCCUUCUGUUAUUCUAAUACCAGCCCAACGUACAAUUCCAAAUCUCCUUUACCCUCGCCAUCAGAUUCUUCUAGUUUGUUUACCUUCUCACCUGCAUCCUCUAAUAUUUCCGACCUGUCAUUCUCAUCUUCUCAGCCCUCACCUUCAUCUUCGGAAUUUACAGAGCUAAUUGCUUAUAAGGGCCCAUCCCAAGUGGAGAAGACUUGUUUGCCAUGUACAGGGACUUUCUCGUCUCUUACAGAGCCGUUUGCUGCUGCAAAUGCUUUGAGAGUAGAGAAUGCCUGUGUGCCAUGUAAGGGGACUUCUCCCUCUCUUGCAGCACGUAGAGGAAGCAAUCCUCCAUCAUUGGUGUUGGCACCAUCAGUUAACAACCGACCACAUUCGAAAGCCUCCAGGAACAUAGUAAGGUCAUUGUCCUUCUCUCUUCCUGACUUAGAAGAAGAUAUGUUGCUUGAUAGUGGAUCCAUUCAGUCUGACUGCAAAGGUUGUGAUGAAUCGAUGUCCCAUCCUGACCUUUUCGAUGUUGCCAACGGAGUACAAGAGGAUCAUGACGAAGAGCGAUCAAAUUAUUCAACUGACAGAGAAGUAACACAACAAGUUCUGUACCAGUGGCCAACAAUGGAAAAGGUGGAAAUGCUUUCCUCUGGGAUCCUUGAUUCUAGAUCAGUUUUCCUUUUGCUAGUUCAAGAUGUGAAAUUAGGCAACAAGCCUAAAAUUGUGUAUGUGUGGGUAGGGUGUGAUUUUUCAUUUGAGGAGGGGCAAUGUCAGUUGAUCGGCAAUAAUUUGAUAGAUAAACAUAGUCCUGCAUAUUGGGAGAAGGUUGCUGGCAUCUUCCUCAACCAUAUGGGCUUGCCUAUGGAUGUUCCUAUUCGGUGAACAGGUAGUGAGAGAUGGUGAAGCACCUGAACAACUAAUAGAUGGUAUCAGCAGUUUCUCAUUUCAACAACUGGAAAACUAUGACCUCAACUGAGAAUCUGAAGGACAAGGAGCCCGCACCAAGCAUUGACACUGGAUUAUCAGAAAGAGUUGCUUCGAAGUCCUUCUGAGGUGAUUUGGCAUCCCAAGUUGGUAUGAGCUAAUCUAACAGCGUGCGUGAUGGUUCUUAGUAUGAUAAAACCUUGUACAGAAUAUAAGUUCUUGUACUUUAUAGAUCUUAUAGAAUUUUCUUGUACUUUAUAGAUGUACUUUAACAGCAUUUAGAAGUAGUUUCUUUAACUCAGAUAGCUUUUCUGCUGUGACCAACACCUAAGGUGUUGAUUUUCAAUUGAAAUAAAGAUGGAGUAAUUUUUUCAA